AUGUCUCACAGUCAGUGUGAUGCGGAGAGCUCUGAAGAGCUGGAGCCCUCUCACCGAGGGAGGCGGCCCAAAACCUCCCGGUCUUGCCGAGCCGGGCUGAUAUUCCCAGUGGGCCGCAUUGAAAGAUUCCUCCGGAGAGGAGAUUUUGCGGAGCGGAUCGGAUCAGGGGCUUCGGUUUACAUGGCUGCUGUGCUCCAGUACUUGACCUAUGACAUUGUGGAUAUUGCUGGGAACAUCGCCGCCAGUGAUCACAAGCGCCGGAUUGCCCCCCGGCACCUGCACGAGACCAUCCAUUGUGACUCUGAGCUCCAACGGCUGUUUGGAGGCAUCGCUCUCCCCCAAGGGAGAGCCACAUCCAAGAAACAGCGAAUGGCCACUUCCCGGAGAGGGCGGAACAAGAAGACGGCUCACUCCGUAAGAAGAAAUCACAACGCUGCUGUUGCUGCUUAA